UGUACACAGCUAUUCUAGAGGGAAACUGACAUGAACAGAAGUUCUCAUCCAGUGCUCCAGGAUCACACUGGAGGAGGGAGAUGCUCCCAGAGGGUCUUGGGAAGGCUUUCCAAUCUGGUGCCGUUAGAAUAUUUGCCAGAGAUGAAAGGAGGGGAAGGGAAAUCCGGGUAGAGGGAAGGGCGCAGGAAACAGCUAGGAGGCACAGAUGCAGGCUGGGUGUGGAGGGUGCGGGUAGGCUGGAGUACACCAGGGAGUUUCCAGCAGGCCACUAGGAGCCACCCAGGAUGCUCGGCAACCUCAUGAGUCAGACAAGCAGGGCUGCGUCUAUCUGGAAGUUUCCAGCCAAGUUAGGUAAAACACAUGGACACAGGUAACUAUGCUGUAAAGCAAAAUCCCCAAGUCCUACAAUCGUGUCCCAGUGGUGUCCCUGGGCCACCACUUUCCAGGAGCAAAGUUAUUUUCUUACCCCGUUGUUAAGCACACAGAGAAGGCACGGCCGCAAUCCACCCAAGUGCCCAUUGAUCAGAUAGGAACCCCCGAGGUGAGGCUGGAAGCUGGGGCCAGGCGCUCCACUCUUGUCAGGAGUCAGAGAAGGCUCUGGAGGCCACGGGCAUGAUGCUUCAGGUCCUGAUGGGGGCUGUCCUCCCUGCCAUGCUACUGGCUGCCCCACCGCCCAUCAACAAGCUGGCACUGUUCCCGGAUAAGAGUGCCUGGUGCGAAGCCAAGAACAUCACCCAGAUUGUGGGUCACAGCGGCUGUGAGGCCAAGUCCAUCCAGAACAGGGCGUGCCUAGGACAGUGCUUCAGCUACAGCGUCCCCAACACCUUCCCGCAGUCCACAGAGUCCCUGGUUCACUGUGACUCCUGCAUGCCAGCCCAGUCGAUGUGGGAGAUUGUGACGCUGGAGUGCCCGGGCCACGAGGAGGUGCCCAGGGUGGACAAGCUGGUGGAGAAGAUCCUGCACUGUAGCUGCCAGGCCUGCGGCAAGGAGCCUAGUCACGAAGGGCUGAGCGUCUACGUGCAGGGCGAGGACGGGCCGGGAUCCCAGCCCGGCACCCACCCUCACCCCCAUCCCCACCCCCACCCUGGUGGGCAGACCCCUGAGCCCGAGGAACCCCCAGGGGCCCCCCACACGGAGGAAGAGGGGGCUGAGGACUGAGGCCCCCCGACUCUUCCUCCCCUCUCAUCCCCCUGUGGAAUGCUGGGUCUCACUCUCUGGGGAAGAGUCAGGGGAGAGGUUGAAGCCCCUCUUUGGCACUGGAUGGACUUGGAUACAGACUCGGACUUGGAAUGCUGCCCGGUUGCCAUGGAGAUCUGAAGGGGAGGGGUUGGAGCCAAGCCGCACAAUUUAAUAUAUUCAAGAGUGGGGGGAGGAAGCAGAGGUCUUCAGGGUUCUUUAUUUUGGGGGGGGGUGGUCUCUUCCUGUCUGGCUUCUAGAGAUGUGCCUGUGGGAGGGGGAGGAAGUUGGCUGAGCUGCUGAGUGCUGGGGGAGGCCAUCCAAGAUGGCAUGAACCAGGCUAAGGUCCCUGGGGGUGCAGAUGGUACUGCUGAGGUUCCGGGCUUAGGGUGAGCAUCUCGCCAGCCUCAGGCUGGAGGGACGGGCUGGGCUAGAAAGACCACUGGCAGAAACAGGAGGCUCAGCCCCACAGGUUUCCCCAAGACCCCUCACCCCACUUCCCAUCUCCAGGGAAGCGCCGCCCCAGUGGCACUGAAGUGACCCUCCCUCAGCGGAGGGGUUUGGGAGUCAGGCCUGGGCAGGACCCUGCUGACUCAUGACACAGGAGCUGGGAGCCAGGCUCUCCGGGCCUGUCUCGGGCUUCCUUGGCUUGCCUGGUGGGGGAAGAGGAGGAGGGGAAGGAGGAAAGGGAAGAGUCUUCCAAGGCCAGAGGGAGGGGUAUGACCCCCCAAGACCACCCCUGAAGAUGAGCAUCCCCUUCCUCUCCCUGUUAGAAAUGUUAGUGCCCCCCACUGUCCCCCAAGUUCUAGGCCCCCCAAAAAGCUGCCAGAGCCAGCCGCCCUCUCCCAGGGAUGCUCUUUCUAAAUAUGGAUGGGUGUGGGAGGGAGGGGUUACCUCCCUUGCCCCAAGGUUCCAGAGGCCCUAGGUGGGAUGGGCUCACUAACUCGGGGAACUCCAGGACGAGGAGGACAUGGGACUCGCGUGGACAGCCAGGGUUCACUUGGGCUCUCUCUAGCUCCCCAGUUCUGCCUGCCUCCUCCCUCCCAGCUGCACUUUAACCGAUAGGUGGGGACCUGGGGGGAGGCCAGGGCAGGCAGGCCAUGAAGAGAGCCCCUCUGUGGCCAGCACUGCCUGCGUCUGCUCUUCAGUGCCCAGGGUGGCUGCCAGCCCACUGCCUCCUGCCUGGGGUGGCCCGGCCCUCCUGGCUGUUGCGACGCGGGCUUCUGGAGCUUGUCGCCAUUGGACAAUCUCCCUGACGGACCCUCAGUCUUCUCAUGAAUAAAUUCCUUCAACGCCU